AUAACAAAUGAUUUUUGCAUGCAUGCGUUUUCAGAAUUCCGAUGUAAUUUGCAUUAAGAAUUUAACGUAUCGCGAAUACCAAGGUGGACUAGUUGCAAUAUUAAAUAAGGGCUAACUUUUCAUGUGAACGAUUCAAUUCGCGAAAAUAGUGCUAAAGCUGGAGAUAGCGAGAUUUACCAACACUGCAAACCAAACCCAAUCUGUGGAGAAGCACGCCUAUUGUCAUGGAUAGAGUCGUGUUAUCAUCCCGAAGUGAAUAAAAUAAUGUUUUGAAGCUACUUCUUCUCGGAUUGAGUGUUUAUUUGUUUGUUUGUUUUAAAAAUAAAAAGUAGUCAUAAAUAAGUAAAUAAAUAAAUGUAAUAAGAGGACGAUAAUUAAUAAUUGGCCAUUUAUUCUAUAAUAAAAACGUGAUAGAAAUAAAGAAGAAAAAAAUCAGAUCAAAAUUAAAAAUCAAAAUGGCGAAAUUUAUAUUUUGGGGUGUUUUUGAAAAAGAAAACAUUUCGUCGGCGCUGUGACAGCAAGAAAAGUAAAGUUUUCAUUCGAAGUGGAGUACAAUUUGCACCCAUGAAUUUUGUUUUCAAUGGACCGGCUUUGUUUUUGUUCUUAUUAACAACAAAAUACAGAAGGAAAUGAAAUCUACAAAGUGCGUGAAUUUUGGACAAAUUCUCAUGGGAGAGAAUUAUGAACUGUUUAUUUUAUGUAACAUUUGUAAGAGCGAUGUUGGGGGUGAUGUGAAGGGGUUUCUCGAACAUCUGGACUCCUGUAUAAACAUAUCCAGGAUCAAGGCAGAAAGGACUCAAAUGAAAUAUAACAAGCUAAAGGGCACACAUGUUCUUGGAAAGACGACAGUCAAUGACGUGAAAGAGUUUCUAGUUUACGAUUAUGCAGACGUGGAUUUUUUACAAACGGGAAAUGACUUUAUUGACUUGCUGGACAUAGAGGAGGAGCUGUUAAAUCCAAAAUGGUAUACUACGGAAAACAAUGGUGUAUCUAAGGCUAAUAAAACCUCUCAAAAACAAUAUGAAGUCUUGGUCGAAGAAGUCACCCCAUUCGUACAAUUUAAGGAACCUCCAAUUAAAAAUGGAGCAAAGAAAGUAAAGUUUCAAGUUGACUCCAAAUGCCCAACAAGAACUUGCACUAAGCGCAGAUUUUCUGAUGGUAACAUAGUUAAUGGAAGGGUGCACGAGUUAGAAGGCAAAUAUAAUGUUAACUUCACUCCUGCAACGAAUAAGACUGGCGAAAACUUCUCAACUUGCAAAGGAGGCGCAGACCUAUCAAAAGUCCUGCCAACGAAAGAUAUAUGCUCAGCAAAGGAGAUAAUUUCAAAGCCUGUAGUAAAAAACCAUGAUGAACCGAAAACUCCAGCGAAGGAAAAGAAGACAGCUGAAAUAUUGAACAAACUUUCCAGUUUAGGACUACAGAUAAAACGCACAAAUACGAAAGCAACAACACCUGAUUUAUCUGAUGAAAUUGUUACUGACGAAAAGACAUUGCAAAUACUUAAAAAGCUCCAGUCCAAGGGAGGAAUGAAAGUCAAAUUAAUUAACAAACAAAGACAAAUUAAAAACAUCAGCUGUCCUUCAGUUCCGGUGACAAACACUAACCAUUUAGUCAAUGAAUCUAUAAAGCCCAACAUAAAAAAUUUAAUAAUAAGAAAGACAGUGAGCAAUGAAAGUUCCUUGUGAAAAUGUCCAAGUUUAGCACAGAUUUUGUCGGGGCUGUAUGCUGUAGUAGUACUUAAAUAACGUUAAGUCAGUCUUUAAAUAUCAAAACCCCAGAAUAAUUAGCUGAAAAUGUUCCCAAAAUCUUCACAAUACCUGUUAUGAAGGUUCUAUCAUGGUAGAAUAAAAAGGUAUGGCAGAGCUACUAGCUGAUUAAAAUUUUCUUCCUGGUGUAGACGACUUCUGCAAAUUUUGUGUUUCAAUUUUUUAUCUUGAAAAGUAAAAAAAAAAAACAUCAAAAUACAUUUUAGGAAGAAACAUUGUGUGGUGCUCAUUAAAUAUGUUAACCAGUUUUGCCAUAGAAUUCAAAUAUUGAACAAUGUUGUCCUAAAUACUUAAAAUAAAUUUCAGGUUUAAUUCAUCUUA